AUGACCAAGUGGGAUUUACUUCAGGAGCCUGGAGCCCUCGCUCGGAGCCUGGUUUUGUGUGUGAAGCUGGAUGGAAAUCUGAAGUACUACCAAUCACACCUUUAUAGUACAGUGGUGCCACCUGAUGAAAUAACAGUUAAUUAUAGACACGGCCUUCCCUUGAUAACACUUACUUUGCCAUCCAGACACGAACGCUGUCAAUUUGUAGUCAAGCCAUUGCUGUCAACAGUUGGUUCUUUCCUUCAGGACCUACAAAGUGAAGAUAAAGGAGUCAAAACUGCAGCCAUCUUCACAAUAGAUGGUGGCAAGAUUCCAACUUCAACCUUGAUGGAUAUUUUGCUAAUGAAUGAUUUUAAACUUGUCAUUAAUAAAAUAGCAUAUGAUAUGCAAUGCCCCAAGAAGGAAAAACCGAGUAAUGAGCAUGCCAUUGAGAUGAAAAACAUGAAAUCCUUGGUUCAUAGACUGUUUACAGUCUUGCAUUUAGAAAAGUUUCAGAAAAAGAGAGAGCACCAUUUACUAGAGAAAAUUGACCAUCUGAAGAAACAGUUGCAGCCCCUUGAACAGGAGAAAGCUAGAAUUGAAGCUGGCUCAGAAGCCAAAUCAAGCAGACUCCUAUGGGCUGGAUUAGCACUGCUGUCCAUUCAGGGUGGGGCACUGGCCUGGCUCACUUGGUGGGUGUACUCCUGGGAUAUCAUGGAACCAGUUACAUACCUCAUCACAUUUGCGAAUUCCAUGGUGUUUUUUGCAUACUUCAUAGUCACUCAGCAGGAUUAUACUUACUCAUCUAUUAAGAGUAGGCACUUUCUUCAGUUCUUCCAUAAGAAAUCAAAACAACAGCAUUUUGAUGUGGAGCAAUACAACAAAUUAAAAGAAGACCUUGCUAAGGCUAGAGAAUCCCUGAAACAGGUGGGCCAUUCUCCCUAUUUGCGAAUGCAAGUAGAGCAACUCAAUGAAAAGAAUUAA